UGCAAACACCCGUAGGUUAGGCAAAGAAGAGCUGAUCAUCAUUCAGCUCUGUGCGUGAAGGAAUGACACCAGCACAGGUAAAAAGGAAAACAUCAGAGAAUAGUUAUGAGAGAGAUAUCUCGAUAUGUUUUGCUCGGUCACUUCCUCAUAGCUGUCAGCUCUGUCUGUGUUCCCACUGUGUGUCUGAGAUGUAACGUCACCGGACAAACACCAGCAGAUUCUUGUCCACUCUGUCCAAACAGUACAGCGCAGUGCAUCAGUGUACCUCCAGAUAUCCCAUCAAACUGCUACAAAGACUUCCAGGUUUCUAUCAACACUACUGGAUCCAAUGUAAAGGAAGGUGAUGACAUCAUUCUAACAUGUGUCCAUAACCUUCCAAAUCUGACAUUUUUGACGUUUUGGUGGAUGAAGGGGCAGGAAACCCUGCAAGGCCAAAAUGAAAGCGAGCUGGUUCUCAACAAAGUGCUUUCACAUAAGGCAGGGCCGUACACCUGCUCUGUGAAUUGCUCAUGUGGCAUUUACAAGUCUUUGCCACACGAUGUCAGUGUAAGCAACCAAAGUAUGGUACUCCUGGUGAUCUGUGGUGUUUCUGCUUUGGUCCUGGUUGUGAUUAUGGGCCUGGCUAUGAAGUUCAAGCUGAAAAGAGACAACGCUAAACACAGAGAGAGGAUGAAGCAGAGGGAACAGGCUGAGCAGCGUGGCGGCCCAGCUCCAUUCACACCAAGAGAGUCCUAAAUACAAAACACCAUCACAUUCAAAAAUAAUGAAUAUUGUUUCGUAAUUUGCUGUU